GCGGUCAUUUUGGCUGUUCGGGUGUGUUCAUCUGGGUGGAGGUUUCAAGAGUGCUGGGUUGUGGUCGGGGUACCAGACAGAGAAGGAGUCAGAGGGGUCAUCGUCCCUUCCUCACAAAGGCGAGUGUGGGAAUUCGGUCGCGGCGACGCCUAAGAUGGUCCCCGGGGUACGAACCUCCAGCCCGCUCCCGGCCCCACUCAGCCUACAGGCCGGGAUGGCGGCGGCCAGGCCGAUAGACACGGCUCAGGUACAAGCAGUGAGUCCGGUACAUCCUCAACACUAGACUAUUCUGGACCCUCCUCUGAAGCCAGCGCCACGGGCACCAUCUUGAUCCUGUUGCAGGCAACACCCCGGGAAUCUGGGCACGGCUCCUUUAAGAAGGAGCCAGGACGCCCACCCCUUGCAGUGCUGCUUUCCGUGUUCCGGGAGGUUCCACCGUUGUGGGGGUGGCCUGUCGUGGAGGCCUAUGGAGCUGUGAGAACAUCAUUGCCUAGAAGAGCCAAUGAAGGUCCAGGAGAGGGGCGCUUCUGUGUAUGCCGUCACACUGGGGCGGGACUUCGAGUAUCGUCCUCUUAGGUCUGUUUCCUGUUCAGAGGCUCCAGAUGCGACAGCUGGUCAAAGAAGGCGCAACAAGAGCCGUUGUCCCAACUGCACAGAGUCCAAUGGCAGCAGUCACGCUCAGGGUCCCGGCUCAGGGCCGUGUGACCUUUGAAGACGUGGUCGUGUACUUCUCCUGGGAGGAGUGGGGGCUCCUGGAUGAGACUCAGAGAUGCCUGUACCAUGAUGUGAUGCUGGAGAACUUUGCACUUGUGACCUCACUGGGUUGUUGGUACGGAAUGCAGGAGGAGAUGCUUUCUGUGCAGAGUGUUUCUGUGGAACAAACGCCCCUGGGCCAAACUCCAGCCACGCAGAAGACUCACACCUGUGAGAAGAGUGUCCUGGUGGAGACAGACAUUUUGUGCCUCACGGCACAGCACGGCUUCCAUCCUGAGCAGAAAUCCCAUGCCUGUGGGGGCUGGGGGGAACACGCCUGGUUCACCCCAAACCUUCACCAGCACCAGCAGCACAGUGAUGAGAAGCCACUGGGGAGGGACACACACACGGCCUCAUUGGUGACGAGCUGUCAACUCCACGUCUCAGGGAAGCCUUUCACCUUGACCUGUGGGGCGGUGGGGAAGGACUUCCUGGCCAUGUUGAGUCUUCUCCAGCAUCAGGCCACUCUCAAAGAGGCUAGGUCACCCAGCGGCUUCAAGUAUGGGGGUGGAGAGGCCUUUCGUAGUGGCACGAGUCAUUAUGGGCGCAGUGACUGCGAAUACAAACUCUUUCAGCAUCAUCAGAUUCACCCUCAGGCUAGUCCUUAUGAGUGCGAGAAACCCUUCCACCAAAGCACCACCUUUAGUCACUGCCAGGGAACUGACACGGCAGCAAAGUCUUACGAGUGCGGUGACUGUGGGAGAACCUUCAGCCAAAGCUACAGCCUCAUUCAGCACCACAGAAUCCACACGGGAGCUAGGCCUUACAAAUGCAGCGAGUGUGGGAAAGCCUUCACCUACAAGCUCCGCCUCGUUCAGCACCUGCACAUCCACAAUCGAGUGAAGCCUUACGAGUGUGGGGACUGUAGGAAGUCCUUCAGCUACAGCUCGACUCUCAUUAAGCACCAGCGAGUGCACACUGGGGCCAGGCCUUACAAGUGUGGGGAGUGUGGGAAUUCCUUCAGCCAGAGCUCCAACCUUAUUCAGCACCAGAAAAUUCACAAUGGGGCCAGGCCUUACAAGUGCAGCGAAUGUGGAAAGUCUUUCAGCUACAAGUGCAAACUCGUCCAGCACCUGCGAAUUCACACAGGCGAAAGGCCCUACGAGUGUGGGGAGUGUGGGAGGUCUUUUAGCCACAGCUCCACUCUCAAUCAACACCGGAGAAUUCACACGGGAGCCAGGCCUUAUAAGUGUGACGAGUGUGAGAAAUCCUUCAGCCAGAAGUCCAACCUCAUUCAGCACCAGAGAGUUCACACAGGAGAGAGGCCUUACGAGUGUGGCGAGUGUGGCAAGUCCUUUAGCCAGAGCUCCCACAUCAUUCAGCACAGAAAACUUCACACCAGAUAACCUCAUGCAUGCAGCAGCUGUGGGCAAACCUUUGGCCACUGGUCUGCUGUAUGGACACGGAAGCUUGACCACUCAUAUGCUUGAUGUGUGCACACCCAAGUUGGGAAAACCCUCAUCUAAAGUCUAUCUGACCUUGUUUGGCCUCAGAACGUACACCCAGAUCGAAGGUGCUUUUCUGUUGAUUGAAACAGAACCGGGCCGGUGGGUGGGGGUGGGGGGGUGGCAAGGUGAAAUUCAUACAGCUCCGUGAGUUCUGGGUUCCUCGGGAGCUUUGAGGAGCCUUGUUGCAUAUUCUUCUCGGUUCCCUUGCCUGAUUCAUGCCCCUGCCAGAAGCCAUUUCACCUUUACCAGCUAGAGGUUCAGCAGGGUAUAUCAGAUGUUCCUAAAUAUUUGGGGUUGGGGAGCUCCUUCCCUCCUCUCUGAUCAAUCGGGCACGCGCACUCAGGGUGACGCUAGCAACUUGCAAAGGUCUACGUGCUUCCACUUGUGACCUACCUUGCAUGGUUGCCCCAGGCCUCCUAGGAGAAACGACAGGGCAGCCUGGACGUCAGCCCACAGGAGUGUAGACUGUCGUGACAGCCUCCGGUGCAUGCUUCUCUGAAACAUUUAUGUUGGUCCCCUGUCCCCAGGGAUGUCACACCACGCUGAGCACUACUGUGGGGAUACUCUUUCACAGCUACUACAAAAGGAAUCAUGUGCCUUCAUGUCUAACUUGGCUUGUCUGGUGUGAGUGGUUGCAAGACUACAGGGGCCAGACUCAAAUCAUAAGUUGUACAGAAACACUGGGUGGCAGACUGAGAGGCCGUCCCUGUUGUAGAGGUGCCCCACGGAUGUUCCACUGACUGGUUGUGUGGGAUGACAGCGCACUCUGGGCUGUCAGAGCGAACAAAGCUUUGGCUGUUACUGUGGCCUCUGCACUGAUCACCUGAACAUACAUAUAUUGCUGCAGAGGCUAGAAAGUGAAAACAGGAGGAAGAGCCCAGGGUGUUGCUUUUGUGACUCCGCGGACUAGAGUGGCAGGAAAUAGUGACAAACAAUUAAGAUCAUUUCUGAGUGUUUUUCCUGCCACUGAUGCAGGCCUGCACUUCCCAAAGCAUCAGUCAACAUUUCUCAGCCUCUGGUUGGGGAAAAAAUGUGGGAGAAACCAGACUUUUGUUUGAAUGAUUUUCACAUAGACAUGCUAUGGGAACUGCACAUGUGUAAGGUGAUUAUUUUUGACAGAAGGUGCCAUGGAAACAAACGGUCAAAAUCAUAACCACUUAUGGACUCAUGCUAAAAACUGCCUUCAUGGCAACUAGACUGAUUUAGUUUUUCUUUCUUUAUGUAAUUUCUAUGUUCUAUAUUACGGUUUCCUUCCUUCAUGCUGCAUAAUAACUUUUGAGGUUCACAGAUGUCACUUAUGUUGAAUAUUUCAUUCCUUUUAUUGCUGAGUAUUCUGUUCUGUGGCUAUCCACAAUGUGUUUACAUUCAAAUCUAUUAAUAGAAGACAUUGGGCUUGUUUCCACUUUUUCACUCCAGCCCCUCACCCCACGAGAAAGUUAUUACCCUGAAUUCUCACUUCCUCAAACAAUGUCUCCAACUUCCUUUCUCCCCCCUAACGUUCAUCUCCUUUGUUGAACUUUUUCCUACGAUUUCCCACAUUGCAACUCUGCUCUUGCUGAAUAAACCUUCGCUGGUCAAAAUUACUGUUUUAUUUUU